GACGCCCGUCAUGCUCUUUAUUCUGGUAGCAGGGCUCGGUGCAUUCGUUGCCUUUCUCUAUGCGUAUAUCCGCCUCAAUGACGCAAAAUUGGAGGUUCUCCCACCCGAGGCAACCAAAUACUCACCCGAGCGCUUCACUCCGGAGAGCACACACGCCGUAGCCGAGAAACUAAAGAGGGAGCCGAUCUCGGUUAAACAACACUUGCCGCUCAAGACUGGGCGUCGGUACAUCGUCAUCGGUGGUGCUGGGUUCCUCGGCGGAUGGAUAGUCCUUCAGCUCAUUGAGCGCGGAGAGGAUCCACGACGCAUACGCAUCCUCGACAUUCGCCAGCCUACACGGCCCGACCUUUUGAGCGGCCCAGCCAAAUCCGUAGCCUUCUUCAAGGUCGACGUUUCAGACUCCAAGGCCGUCGAUGACGCAUUCACCGCCCCCUGGCCCCUCCCAGAAGAAGAUGCACACACGACCGUCUUUCACACCGCCGCCAACAUCCGCUUCUACGAGCGACACCUCUCGCUCCUCCCCCGGUCGACGCGCGUAAACGAGCAGGGCGUGCAGAACGUCAUCAGUGCAGCCAAGGCGAUCGGCGCAUCCGCGAUGGUGUACACCUCCUCGGGGUCUGUCGCCGUGCGCCGCUCGCGCUUCUGGCUCUGGCCAUGGGAGCGGGAGCCCGCGCACUUCGUGCAGCUGAUCGACGACAACGACGCCCUCGUCCCGACGCGGCACGAUGACUUCUUCUCGAACUACGCGGCGAGCAAGAUCCGCGGAGAGCGCGCCGUUCGCGCCGCGCACCUCUCGCCUACCAGCAAAGACGGACGCAGGCUCCGCACGGGUUGCGUCCGACCCGGGAACGGCGUGUUCGGGCCCGGCGGGGACAUUCUCUGCGGAGCGUAUCUCGUACGGAAACACAACCCGACGUGGGUCAACCACAUCCUCCACUCCUUUGUGUACAUUGAGAAUUGCGCGCUCGCACACCUCCAAUACGAGGCGUGCCUCCUCGCCUCCUCGGCCGACGCCCCAAGCAGCAGCGGCAGCGCCUCCCCGAGCAGACCAGACGUGGGCGGCCAAGCAUUCACCAUCACCGACGCCGGCCCGCCAAUGACAUACGGCGACGCCUACACCGCGCUCAACACGCUCGACCCAGAGACCGUCUUCCCGCGCAUGUCCUCCACCGCGAUGCUCCUCCUCGCGCAGCUCUUCGAGGCCAUCUACCUCACCCGCGCCUUCCUCACCGCGCCCUCCGCCCCGCCCCUCGUGCGCGCGCUCGCCCGCGCGCUCGUGCCCGAUCUCGACGGGGACGUCGUCAAUCUGCAGCCGCCGCUGUUCGCGCUCACGAGCGUGCACCUUGUGUUCGACGACUCGCGCGCGCGGCGGGCGCCCGAGCAGGGCGGCAUCGGGUACUCGGGGCCGUACACGUCGCUGCAGGGCCUGUGCCGUACCGCGGAGGAUUAUUUCAAGGCGGGGCAGAACGGCGAGGAGCGCUCGAUGUCGGGAGGGGUCAGCUUCGGGUUUGGGAUGGUCAAGGCUCAGCGGGGCGUCGAUAAGGUGCAGAGGGCGGUGGAGAAGGGAGCGGAGACGAUACCUAAUUAGUUGGUGUGGAACAGUUAGAGCGGCAGUGACAUUCAAGAGUGACGUUGCUUCAGGUUGUUUAUCGACAGUGGAAUACACGCUCCCCCAUCGUAUUGCUAGGGUUUUGGUGUAUAGAGGUAUCAUACAGACUUCACUCAUUGCAGUGCCUAUUCUUACAACC